AUGUCAAUAGGUGGACAUUCCGAAGCCAUCAUGCUAGCUACACUAGCUGUGAAGAAAGGCUGGCAAAAUAAACGAAAGGCCGCCGGAAAUGACUGUUCUCGACCGAAUCUUAUUAUGAACAGUGCCGUGCAAGAGAAAUAUGUCUAUUGUACCAAUGGCCGCUAUGUGAUUGACCCCGUAGAAGCUGUUAAUUUAGUGGACGAAAAUACAAUUGGCAGGGAGUACGAGGAUGCAAAAAAGAUUAACGGCCUACUCAUAAAUAAGAAUAUCGACUGUCCAAUACAUGUAGAUGCCGCUAGUGGUGGUUUUAUUGCACUAUUCGUCAAUCCAAAUUUCAUUUGGGAUUUCCGCCUGCCAAAAGUGGGAUCUAUUAAUCCUUCUAGCCACAAAUACGGCUUGGUGUAUCCUGGUGUUUUCCGGGUCGUCUGGAGGUCUUCUGAAUUCCUUCCGCAAGAACUGGUGUUCAACAUCAACUACUUAUGUGCAGAUCAGGCUAUUUUCACAUUGAAUUUCUCCAAAGGAGCUUCUCAGGUUAUUUGA